AUGUCUGAUACAGGCAGUGGUGUAAAAUCUUUGAAAAUAAGUCCUGAUGGAAAACAUCUGGCUGCAGGCAGUCGAGAUGGAAAUUUAUCUAUUUAUGAUUUAACUGUACCAACUAUGGAAAUGAUUGCAUUUUUUGAAGCUCACGAAAGUGAUAUUAUGUGUAUGGAGUAUUCUGACCCACAAAGUGCUCGUUAUCUGUUAGCUACUGGAAGUCGCGAUCGCAUGGUGCACUUGUUUGAUCCACUUAAUGGAUAUCAACCAUUAGCAAGUAUUGACGAUCAUACAAGCACUGUCAAUUCAAUACUAUUCGUAGAGGAAGCUGGUAAUUUGCAGUUGAUAAGUUCUGCUGCUGAUCGUUCAAUUGUGAUUAGAAAGAUGGUCAAUUCAGAACCAUCUUUGGUGACUUUUUCACGUACAACUCAUAUAAAAUCGCAAUUUGGCUUGAACUUUGUCGUGUUGAGUGCUGACGGAAUGGUUGCCGCUUGCCAGGAUCGUCAGCUUCGGACAUAUUCGUUUCAGGGAAGGCUUGUAAAGCAGAUUAAAGGCGCUGCAAGUGAUGAUGGACAACUCACUAAGGUACGACUGGAUCCAUCAGGAACUUAUGCUGCGACAGUAUGUACAAAUCGAAAUGUUUAUAUCAUUGAUAUAGCCACGGGAGAAUUUGCUGCUAUAUUGACUGGCCAAUCAGAUAACAUUACAGAUAUUGCUUUUUCCGCUGAUUGCAGACGAUUAUAUGUUGUUUCCUAUAGCGGUUGCAUUUUCGUGUGGCGACUGUCCAAUUUCCUUGUCAGCAAAAUGAUGGCUAUACGAAAAUCCCAAAUCACGAGGAAUACUUGCACCACAGGAGUUGAAAAACUUUGUGAACGGUCGGAAACACCAGAUAGUUUGUUGGGGAGUGGCAGUGAUGCAGCUGGUGAUGAACACAUGGAGUAUACACGAAAUGCGAAGCUGAAAGAUUCAGAAUCCGAAUUUGGUUCUCUAAGCAGCAUUAAAAUUGGUGAUGAAGAUUCGGAUAGUUGUAUGGGACGGAAGCCAACAACAGUGAUUAUCAAUACUCCAUUCAGUAGUGUGAUUACAGAUGACAAUUUCGAACUGAAGCGAGUGACAACAGAAGUUGUGAGACGUAGUACAAGUGGGAUGAUGAAUGAUCAACUUACCAACUGGGAUACUGCUUCAGCAGCUAAUGAUUUCUCCGAUGAUGAGCAAACACCAACAUCAACAGCUGCAGGCGCAGGUAGAUCUUUAGGGACAAUGAACUUUGUCCAGCAGCAAUUAGGCGGUAACACGACCGUUGGAAGAGGAGAAGAUAUAUGCACUAUAAGCAGUACACCUUUUAAUUUACGAUUUUCUCAACUACCAGGGACAACUGCCGCAGCGGUGCACUCUAAUGGUACCGGAAAUGGUGCUGAUGGUGUUAAAGGGAGAAGCAUAGGCAGUCAUGGAUCAUCAGCUAUAGUAGCGGGAAGCGAUGCUUUAACACGAAAACCACGGAAAAAGUGGGAUGAUGUGUCACUUAGCCCCACUAGGGAUACACCAACUUAUGUUUCAUCAUUAAUAUCAAAUUCAUUCGAUGUGCCACCCUCUGAAAUGCACAUCUUCCCGUCAUCCAUCCAGCCAUCAUCCUCCAAGGAAAAUAUGUUAAAUAAUUCUAUGACUAUGAAUGGUAAUCAAAUGCAAUAUUCACCGAGUUCACCCGAACGAAAUAUCCACAAGAAAAUACCGAAUUCCAUAUCAGAACCGGGAAUUGUUGAGUUGCAGCAACAUGUCUCUUCUCCACUCAAUAACACAGUGCGGAAUACCGAAGAAUCUUCUGAAUCAUGCAUCACACCAGUUAAAGUUUCGCCCUCAGUGUUGUCUCAGUCUCCUAGUUCGGCGUUUAGUCGGUCUAGCGUGAAACGUUGUAGUUUAACAAAACGUCUAAAAGGAAUCAGAAGUAAUGAGUCACAGACAGUAUGGACUCCGCCUUUGAUUGGUACCAGGCGAUCGGCAAGCAAUAUGCAUUAUACUACAGUAUCAGGACGAACAAUCCCAGUAACACGACGAAAAUCCGACUUGCACAUUACUUUGUCGCGUUUAUAUCAGCAUCAACAACAAGAAAAAAAUAAUUUAAACACCGCAGUCAUAGGUCGAGCUUUAAGUCCACUAGCUCGUUGCCAAGUGAUUAAUGAUGUCAUCAAAAAUCGACGAAUGACAAUUACAGGAGAAGAUGAUUACGCCUCAUCUGACCUCCAUUUACGCAGUCGAAGUCAAAGCCCGUCGCAGCUCGCUCUCAAUGUCCUAGGAAAUGGGAAACGGCAGCGACAAGAUUCUGAUAUGUCAACAUAUUCAGUUUUAACAAUGGCUUCUACUCGCUUGACACCAUCUUCAUCACGGACGAAUCUACGAGCUGUCACUCUUAAUAAGCAACAAUCGUCACAGACGUUAAAUCGAUUGGCAGGAUUGCGUGACAGGUUACGCAAGUCGCAGGAGAAUUUGGCUGGACCUCUGAAUGAUGACAGUUUCUCAGCAGUUUAUCCAAAUAUUAUGUCGCGUUCAAAAUCAUUCGGUAAUCUUCGGCUAACAGCCGCUGCACCACUUAGUGGAAAUCGACCUGGGCUUGGUCCACUACUUAAUACUAAUAGCGAUGCUGGUAGAUCAUAUCUAUCACGAUUAAAUGCUGACAACACUCCUGCGUAA